AUAGCAGUUUGCUAAAAUGCAUGCUAUGCUUAGAGUGACAUGAUAUGAUAGAAGGUGAUUGUGGAGGCCUGCGUGCUGAUACGCCAUGGUGCGCAUGAUUGCAUGAUUCAACGGCUCAGAUUCACCCAAUGAAAAAGCUUGAUGGAACAGAGUGCCAAUAUAGAAGAACCACACUCUCUUCUUUUCCACCAUUGACAUUCUCUCACUCUAAACUCUCCACUCUUCACCCUGCAAUUGCCAACACCUGCAAACUUCUUCUCUCUCAAAAGGGUCAGCAGUGAAACAAAGAGCUUAAAGAUCACAACUUCUUUUUUUUGUUGGGUUCAAUAAAAAAACUCCAUAAAGCUCAGAACUUUGAGGUCUCUUUUGCCGUUUCCACUGACCCCUUUUGAGUUUCGCUUCUCUGUUUGCAAAUUCACUUUCACAUGUCGUCGGAUAUAAGCUAGAUAAUUUGCCACCCUUUUUCUUUUUUUUUUUUUUCCUUCUAUUCUCACUCAAUCUUCUUCACACAUACCCUUUUGGAAUCUAACGAGGUUAUCGAUGGAUAGUUGCAAGAUUUGGUGUGUUGAGUCCAGUGAUGAAGUUUUAGUUGUGAGUGUAGUGGUGGGUUUGGUUUUGUUUUAACGAUUGUGAAGGAAAAUUGGAAGCUUUGGGUGGUGGGAAUUAGAGGGGUGAGUGAUGGGUGCGGAUCGUCUACUACUGCCAACAGUUGGACCGCCAUUAAAACGGCGAGCAGGGUUGCGGAGGAAGCAGGCUGGAAGAGGGUCUUACAGAGGGAGCUAGGGCAAGGUGAUUGAUUCAUUUGUGUGGGGGGUUUUGUUGUGUUUUGGAGGAUUGAUUUGACCACCCUUUUUCUCGUGGGUGCCUUCGGGGUGUUAAAAGUUUCUUACUUUUUAAGAGGGAAUAUGAUGGGUACUAAUACCAACUUGCACCAAGUACUCAGAAGCCUCUGUUUCAAUACUCACUGGAACUACGCCAUCUUUUGGAAGCUCAAACAUCGUGCUCGAAUGAUCUUGACAUGGGAGGAUGCUUACUAUAACAAUCCUGAUGAUUGCGACUCUUCAGAAAAUAAGUCCUGCCAUAAGACAUUGGAACAGAUUGGUUGUGGGAAAUUUUCGCACAGUGCAUUAGGGUUAGCCGUGGCUAAGAUGUCAUAUCAUGCAUAUUCAUUAGGUGAAGGUAUUGUUGGACAGGUUGCUGUUACUGGAAAGCAUAGAUGGAUCUGUGCCGAUAAUCAGGUUACAGAUUCUGGCUUGUCUUUCGAGUUUGCUGAUGGGUGGCAGUCUCAGUUUUCUGCCGGAAUCAGGACGAUUGUUGUUGUUGCUGUAAUCCCACUUGGCGUUGUUCAGCUUGGAUCUCUAAAUAAAGUGAUUGAAGAUAUGGAGGUUGUAACUCAUAUCAGAAAUCUUUUUUUGUCUGCUCAAGCUUACUCAAUAAGCCAUGUUCCUAGUCAAAUUCCGAGUAGUUUGAAGAGUUCUUCAUCUCAGCCAGAUGAAUUGAAGGAAAAUUUGCCUUCAGAUAUUAUGCCUGGUUGCUUACAUGCUACAGAGAAAACCUUGAAGAAUGAAACAGUGGAAGUUUCGGUGCCCCUUCAAUGUUCUGGGAAGGACUAUGCACCUCACUCUGCCUAUGAGAAAAUGACUGAUACUUUGACCAAGCAUGAGGGGCCUGAAUUUUAUAGUGAUGAAAGUUCCAUUUUGCUUCAGUCUAUAUCCAAUAUGAUGAAUGUGGAACAUCAAGAAUUUGAAGAGAGGAGACCUCUAAAUGGGAUGAAGUGUGAAGGGGGUAGUAGUGGUUGCAAAGAUAUGAGGUUGGAAUCGGAAAAAAAUAUCUCAUCAUUUUUAAACAAUUCUGUAACGAAUAAUGCUAGCACCAAUGAUUUAAUAUGUCCAGAAAAAAUCACAGUUGAUUCUGCAUGCUUUCCUUCAGUUUUUCUUGAUGCAGUUGUUUUUGAAAGUGGUAAGUUGCAUCAUGUGGAUAUUAGCCAAAAAGAGGUGUUGAAUUUUGCCACCCAACCUUCUGAUGCAAACACCCAAAAGCAUACUGAAAAGUCAAAGUUUCAGAUAGAACCUUGUUACAUGGAUACAUCGUACACAUUGAAGUUCCCUGCUGGCUGUGAGUUACAUGAAGCACUUGGACCAGCUUUUCUGAAAGGGAGUAAAGGUUUUGAUUGGCCAGUGCUGGUUAAUCAAGAUAUGAAAACUGUUGAAAUGCAAGACAAUCUUAGCACUAGCCAAUUGACUACUGAAUCUCAUCCAGAACAUCUCUUGGAAGCAAUGGUGGCCAACAUUUGCCAUAGUAAUGAUGUUAAUAGUGAAUUAUCAUUUUGUACAUCAAUACAAUCUGCAAUGGUCUCUGGAAAGAAUCAUGAAGCUUCUAUCCACAAUGUGCAUACUAUUAAUUCAGAAUGCUAUUCAAUAGAUCAGCCUUCUCUUGUUAAAGAGGACAAGCACCCAUGUUUGAGUUCAUCAUCGGGUAUAUGUGGUGUGAUGUCUUCAAAAGGUGUUUCAUCUUCAUUUCCUAAUUCAAAUAGUGGACAAUUUGAAAGAUCUUCUGAACCAUCUAAAAACAGCAAGAAGAGGGCUAGGCCUGGGGAAAGUUGUAGGCCUCGACCAAGAGACAGGCAACUGAUCCAAGAUCGAAUUAAGGAGUUGAGAGAGCUGGUGCCAAAUGGAGCAAAGUGCAGUAUUGAUUCACUACUGGAACGCGCAAUAAAGCACAUGCUCUUUCUCCAAAGCAUAACUAAGCAUGCUGACAAGCUAACUAAAUUUGCUGAUACUAAGUCAAAGUUGCAUCACAUGGAAACAGACAUUCGUGGAUCCUCUAGUUAUGAGCAGGGCUCAAGCUGGGCAAUGGAGGUAGGGGGUCAUCUGAAAGUACAUUCAAUAUUAGUGGAGAAUCUGGGCAAGAAUGGACAAAUGCUUGUUGAGAUGCUCUGUGAAGAGUGCAGCCAUUUUCUUGAAAUAGCAGAAGCCAUAAGAAGCCUGGGCCUUACCAUUUUGAAGGGUGCAACAAAAGCUCAUGGUGAGAAGAUAUGGAUAUGCUUUGUUGUUGAGGGUCAAAACAACAGAAAUAAUGUACACAGAUUGGAUAUCUUGUGGCCGCUUGUUCAAAUACUGCAAUCCAAGAGCACAGUGAAUUCACAAUAACUGGUUGGUUCUUGGAAGCAUAGUGGCCCCUCAUUGGAUAGUGUAACUCAUUCUUAAUCUCUGAAAUGAUACUCAGAAUCUUCUACCAUUAUAUAGUGUGUUGAGACUUCGUUUGUUGUGUUUUUUCUUUUCUUUUUUUAAUGAUUGAAAUGUGUGGUGGUCAUUUGUUUUCAUGUUUGACAUUGAAAAUAACACUAUACUUUGAACAUAUAUUAGUGCCACUUUUUUCAUG